AUUUCGCCCUUCACAGCCAUGGCCUUGCCAGCGGCUUCAGCUUCUGCAAAAUCAAUCUUCAAAAAGCUGCUGCUUCUCAAUUCUCCGCAAAAAUUCUCUCCAGCUCGCUUCGCCGCUUCCGCCACAGCGUAUAGUGCUAUCAGAAACAGAGGCAAAAGCAAAAUCAAAAGCGAGCCCAAUCAGCAGCAGAAGCAGAAGGCAGAGCUGCUAGUGAAGAGGCGAACGCGGUCAGAUAGAGAGCUCGACGAGGACGUUUUCUCCAAGCACUAUGGGGAUGAUUCUUCUGCUCAUGUUCCUGUCAUGCUCGGGGAAGUGCUUGACGCCUUCGCUACCGUCAACCUCAAAUCCUUCGUCGAUUGCACUCUCGGCGCUGGCGGACACUCCGCUGCGAUUAUUCAGGCCCAUCCAGAAAUGGAGUUUUAUGUCGGAUUUGAUGUUGAUCCAGUUGCCCAUCAAAUAGCUCUGGAUAAAAUUAAUCAUGUGUUGGACAAAGAUUCAGGCCACUCUAGAUCGCACUUACAAGUUCACACACUUGUGAAGAACUUCAAAAGUAUUAAAACUGCGCUUCAUGAUAUUGAUGAGAAUCGUUCUCCAGGAGUUCAAGGAAUUUUGAUGGACUUAGGAAUGUCAUCCAUGCAGGUCAACAAUGCUGAAAGGGGAUUUAGUGUACUAUGUGAUGGACCUCUGGAUAUGCGGAUGAAUCCCCAGCACGAAUUCUCCAUAACUGAAGGAGGAGGUAGGCAGGGAUGGAUUAAGACUGCAACACGUGUGUUUCAAGCAUUGAGGAUAGCUGUGAACGAUGAACUCAACACGUUGAAGGAUUCCAUCAACUCUUGUUUUGAUUCCCUUGGUCCUGGAGGAAGGCUGGCUGUCAUAUCGUUCCAUAGCUUGGAGGACAGAAUCGUGAAGCAGGCAUUUCUAGACAUCAUAAACCGCUCUGAUGACGGAGCUAAGCAAUUGAACCAUUCCGAAAAAUUGGAUUCUUACAAGGAAAAAGAAGCAUGGGUUAAACAGAUCGUGCAAGGCAAGGACGCCAAUAUCCUAACAAAGAGACCGGUGACACCAUCUGAAUCCGAGGAGAGACUGAACCCUCGAAGUCGAAGUGCUAAACUUAGGGUUAUUGAGAAGGUAUGAUGAAGGAUGUGCAUAUCCUUCAGAUGUACCAUUCAUUUUUCAGUUUAAUUUAUGUUUGUAGCCAAUUGAUAAUUCAUCUUUUAGAUCGAGUUUCUCAUACUCACUCUCUCAAUCUCAAUGGGCUGUUGAUACUAAAAAUAUCAAUAUGAAGGAAUCUAACAAUUAUUGACCA